AUGACGGAGCUGCCACCAGGUAACGACAACGGCGGCGUUCCUCUGUCGCUUCCUUCAACCUCUGCCGAGGCUACCGCCGCUGGAUCGAAACGAUUUAGGAGACCAAGUGUUCGAUUAGGCGAAAUCGGCGGCGACCAGUUGUACAAUCACCACGGUUGGCAGGGGAGGAAACCCAAGUGGAACAAGAAAGAUAUGAGCAAACCAUCGGCGAGGACUCGAGCUUUAACGAAUUUGAGUUCUGGGUACGAGAAUACAGGAGCCCUAGAUGAUGAAAGAGAAGGAAAUGUGGAUCCUUUCGGUUGGCGGGUCAAGAAACGGGUCGGGUCAUCGCCGGGAGCGGCGCAGCGGGUACGAUCCAAUUGGGUAUCGAGAAUUGGGGAAAUGGAUGAAUUAGACGGUUUAGGGUUUAGGGAUUUCAGUAGAGAAGACUCAGAGAGUCCAUUAAGAGACGGUGAUAUUGGCUUUUACGGCAAUAGUAGUGAGUUGUCAGGGUCAAGAUUUGGUUGCAAGAGUUAGGGUUUAGGGAGAUAUUGGCCAAUGUUUCACAUUCAUGAGGUUGAUGAUGAGAUUUUGCAUUUGUUGACCUUGGAUGAUUUGAAAGAUAUGGGGAUUAACGCUGUUGGCUCUAGGAGGAAGAUGUUUUCUGCGAUCCAGAAGCUUGGUAGAGACUUCUCAUGAUAGAUUAGAUAGAGAGAGAAGAUGGUUUUGUGUUGUUUUUUUUGUUGGUGACAUAGUCAGCCAUGGCAAUGUCUAAAAACCAUUAAUGAAACCCUUUUCAUCCUUUUUGCUA